AUGAACCGUAAAGAAGAAGUUCUGCAGGACGUGGUGAUCAAGUUUGCCGGAGAUUCGGGUGAUGGGAUGCAGCUUACAGGAAGUCAAUUCACUAAUAAUACGGCCCUUAUGGGCAUCGAUCUCGCUACUUUCCCGGAUUUUCCGGCUGAAAUACGUGCGCCCCAGGGUACUUUGCCUGGCGUAAGUGGUUACCAGCUCAGGUUUUCAAGCGAUCGUGUGUACCCCCCCGGUGACGAAUGUGACGUUCUCGUGGCUAUGAACGCAGCGGCCCUGAAAGCCAAUCUGAAAGCCCUCAAAAAAGGCGGUAAGAUUAUCGCCAAUACAGAUGGUUUUGAUGCCAAGAACCUGAGAUUAGCCAACUACCCGGAGGGAAUUAACCCUCUCGAAGACGACAGCCUCACUAACUAUGAGGUGAUAAAAAUGGAUGUUACCAAGAUGACCCGCGAGGCAUUGAAGGAUAUCACCAUGGGUGUAAAAGAAAAGGACCGCGCUAAAAAUAUGUUCGUCCUCGGUUUCCUGUACUGGAUGUAUAACCGCCAGAUGGAAAAUACCGACGAAUUCAUCCGUGAGAAAUUUGGUAAGAAGCCCGAUAUCAUGGAAAGCAAUAUCAAGGCGCUCCAUGCCGGGUAUAACUAUGCCGAUACUACAGAAACUUUUACUACCCGUUUCAAGGUAGAGAAAGCGAAAAUGGAACCGGGAACCUAUCGCUCCAUUAUGGGUAACCAGGCGCUCGCUUACGGAUUAAUCGCCGCUUCCCAAAAAAGCGGGUUGAGCCUUUUCCUGGGAACUUAUCCUAUUACCCCGGCCUCUGAUAUUCUUCAUGAACUGAGUCGUUAUAAAUCUUUUGGUAUAAGAACUUUCCAGGCAGAAGAUGAAAUUGCCGCAAUUACUUCAACAAUAGGCGCGAGUUAUGGCGGUUCGUUAGGAGUUACCACAACUUCCGGCCCUGGUAUGGCACUUAAAGCAGAAGCUAUGGGACUCGCAGUAAUGCUCGAGAUUCCUUUAAUUAUAGUAAACGUUCAACGUGGCGGCCCUUCAACCGGCCUUCCAACGAAAACUGAACAAAGUGAUUUGUUACAGGCAUAUUACGGAAGAAACGGCGAGUGCCCCAUGCCGGUGAUCUCUGCAUCCACACCAAGUGAUUGUUUCCAUGCGGUAUACGAAGCAGUAAGAAUAUCAGUGGAACACAUGACGCCGGUGAUCUUUUUAAGCGAUGGAUAUAUUGCCAAUGGUGCCGAACCAUGGAAGUUUCCGAAAAGCGAUGAUCUGCAUCCUAUAAAAGUGGAGUUCAAAACAGAAUUAGGUCAUCAUGAAGAAAAAUUCCAGCCUUAUUUAAGAGAUGAAAAACUGGUAAGACCAUGGGCAAUUCCAGGAACUCCCGGGUUAGAACACCGUAUCGGUGGGUUGGAAAAACAGAAUAUUACAGGUAAUGUGAACUAUGAACCGGAAAAUCACCAGUUGAUGGUGAAGAUCAGGCAGGAAAAAAUUGAUAAAAUAGCUGAUCAUAUUCCUUUGCAGAAGCUGGAUAGCGGUCAUGAAAAAGGAAAGAUAUUAAUACUCGGAUGGGGCAGCACUUAUGGAUCCAUUAAAAGCGCCUGUGCAGAAUUGCAGUCGGAGGGAAUUGAAGUGAGUCAUGCACAUUUAAGAUAUUUAAGACCUUUCCCGAAAAACCUUGGUGAUAUAUUAAGAAACUUCGAGCAGGUAUUAAUUCCUGAAAUAAAUAACGGGCAAUUAAUUAAAAUCAUCCGCGACCAGUUCCUGGUUGAUGCGAAAGGAUAUAAUAAAAUUAUGGGUAUUCCUAUUACCAGGAGUGAAAUGAUCAUUAAGAUAAGAGAGAUGUUGGAAUAA